AUGACUGAUCAAACUGGAGAGUUAGUUCUCAACGUUGACGACGUCAGGAAAGCUGCUUCUAAGAAGCUCUCCUCAUCCGCCCGAGAAUUCUACGAUGCCGGCUCAACGGGUCAAAUUACGGUGAAGGAGAACACCACGGCAUACUCCAAGUACCGAGUGCUCCCCCGCGUUCUCGUCGAUGUUUCCGAAGUCGACACCAGUACCACGGUCUUUGGCCAAAAGAUCGAUUUCCCGCUUUCCGUUUCGCCCGCGGGCAUCCAGGCAAUGGCCCAUCCCGACGGCGAGCUCGCAACCAGCAGAGCAUGCGCCAAACGCAAAGUCCACAUGGGCGUCUCCUCGUUCGCCAACUAUUCCGUUGAGGAAAUUCGUGAGGCUGGGCUUGGAGUCGGUCCUCUGAAGCACGUCAUGCAGCUCUACAGCAUGAGGGACCGUGAAGCGCAACUCCGCAUCAUCAGGCGCGCUGAGAAGGCUGGGUGUGUAGCCAUCUUCUUGACGGCAGACAGCCCGGUACUGGGAGUCCGGUACAACGAACCGCGCAAUCAAUUCCGCGUGCCCGAGGGCCUUUCCCUGCCCAUGCUCGAGAGGACUUCUGAGAUGAUCCGGGCUACUACACAUGAGGCCGGGUUUGACGUCAUCAACUCCAACUCCCAUUCAUGGGCCAAGGAGAUCCCCUGGCUGAGGAGCGUGACGAAGUUGCAAAUUUGGAUCAAGGGCGUUCUGACACCUGAGGACGUGGAGCUGGCUAUCCAGUACAAGUGUGACGGCGUUAUUGUGAGCAACCAUGGCGGUCGACAACUUGACGAAACCCCGGCCACGAUCGACGUGCUUCCUCAUUGUGUCAAGGCGUCGAAGGGAAGGAUUCCGAUUCACAUCGAUGGCGGCAUCCGUAGCGGGACAGAUGUUUUCAAGGCGGUGGCUCUGGGUGCCGACUGCGUUUGGAUCGGAAGACCGGUCAUUUGGGGGCUGGGGUACGACGGAGAGGCAGGUGUGAGCAAGGUCUUGAACAUUAUGUACGACGAGUUCAAGAGGUGUAUGCAGCUCUGCGGUUGUAACUCGAUUGCCGACAUUACGCCUGCAUCGCUAGGCGUCGUGAGAAAGCAUGGUCCCAUCGCGAGACUCUGA